AUGUUUUCAGCCGCAAGCGUGAUGGCAUUCCACCAGGGAAAAUUCAGCUUCGGGCCACGCGGGAGGUGCCGGCACAUCGAAGAUGGCCGCCCGAUCACCGAUUUGACGCUAGUCGUGCGCCGGCAUGAGUAUCGCCAGAUGGUGGUCUCUGACAACGGAAAGAUGCGCGAAGUGCCCGAGGCACUUUGGAGAUCGACACCCAAGUUCCGGCUAGCAGUGUGGAAGGGCGCUGUCGAUGCCCCGAAGUUCAGCGCGCAGAUGCUGUCUGUGGAAGGACCGAUUCCCAUCAGCAAGAUCCAACAAAUCCGUCCGCGUCAAAUCCUCGUGCGUGCUGGGUAUAUAGACUUCACCGGAUAUGACGGCACACCCGACGUCACGACAAAAGUCAGCAAGAUAGAAGAAGUUGAACAAAUUGCGAAAUGGCGGCUCGAGCGGGUUCAUCUUCUUGUACCAACGAAGAUCGCAGAGGAUAUGACGAACACUUUGGCCGAAUAUAUCUUUCAGUGGCAGAAAAAAGAGCGAGCGAUCAGCUGUAUAUGGGUCAAAACGGAGAACGCCAAGGAGUUGUACAAGACACUGCUCGAUGACGCAGAGAUCACGACCGGGCCGAUGGGCGACCACCGGAUUCUUCACGAAACAUACGAUGCAAAAGGGGAGCAGAGGAUUGGAAGAAUACGCUCCUCAUUUUUGAGCGGGUUUAACGAGCCGGGCCCACACCACGAAGCCUCUACAAUCAUCUCUUCUGCCGCAACACCAUCUCCUCACAUCUCCCCCAUUUCUGAUGCAUCGUCGCCAACUUCAACGUGCAGUACAAAUCCACAAAUAAUUGGC